GAUAACGUGAGUGCUACGCUGGUGCUACGUUAGGCAGGGUUUUGCUACAAAUGAGGUGUCCACUCGUUUAAUUUGCGAAAUACACAGGGACGUUUAUAUCAUCUAAGUUAUAUGAAUCAGUCACGGGUUUAAUUCAUUCGCAUCUGUGAUUACAAACGCAAAAUGGAAGUUGAAAACAGAGCUAAAAAGAGGAGUUAUGGCGAGGACGAGAAGUCCGGCUCAGAGGAUGAAAGCUACGUGCCAUACAUUCCAGUCAAGGAGAGGAAAAAACAGAUGCUGGAGAAGAUCCAGCGUCUGCGGGGCAAGGGGCUGCUGGAGGAGGAGAACAAGGAGAGCGGGGGGGAGCAGAGGGACGAGGAUGAGGGGCUCGGCCCGCGCUCCAACAUAAGCCUGCUGGACCAGCACCAGCACCUCAAGGAGAAGGCAGAAGCUCGCAAAGAGUCAGCCAAAGAAAAGCAGCUGAAAGAGGAAGAGAAGAUUCUGGAGAGUGUAGCAGAAGGGAGAGCUUUGAUGUCUGUGAAGGAAAUGGCUAAAGGCAUCACAUAUGAGGACCCAAUCAAGACAAGUUGGAAGCCCCCACGGUACAUCUUAGCUAUGCCCCCAGCCAGGCAUGAUCGAGUGAGGAAGAAGUAUCACAUUCUUGUGGACGGGGAAGCGGUUCCUUUACCAAUCAAGAGCUUCAGGGAGAUGAAAUUCCCUCAGGCUAUUUUGAAGGGACUGAAAAAGAAGGGGAUUGUGCACCCAACACCAAUUCAAAUCCAAGGGAUCCCAACCAUUCUCUCUGGGCGAGACAUGAUUGGCAUUGCGUUCACUGGCUCGGGGAAAACACUGGUCUUCACUUUGCCCAUAAUAAUGUUCUGCCUAGAACAGGAGAAGAGGUUACCAUUCUACAAGCGUGAGGGGCCCUAUGGCCUCAUUAUAUGCCCUUCAAGAGAGUUGGCCAGGCAGACCCACAGCAUCAUCGAGUACUACUGCAAGCUCCUGGAGGAGGAGGGAGCACCCCAGAUGCGCACUGCCCUGUGCAUUGGCGGCAUGUCUGUCAAGGAGCAGAUGGAGGUGGUCAAGCAUGGAGUGCACAUGAUGGUGGCCACCCCAGGUAGACUCAUGGACCUGCUCCAGAAGAAGAUGAUAAGCUUGGACAUCUGUCGAUACCUCGCCCUGGACGAGGCUGACAGAAUGAUUGACAUGGGUUUUGAAGAGGACAUCCGAACGAUUUUCUCUUAUUUCAAGGGUCAAAGACAAACCUUGCUGUUCAGUGCUACCAUGCCCAAGAAGAUUCAGAACUUUGCCAAGAGUGCACUGGUCAAGCCCAUCACUAUUAAUGUGGGCCGAGCAGGUGCUGCCAGCUUGGACGUCAUUCAGGAAGUGGAGUAUGUGAAAGAAGAGGCGAAAAUGGUGUAUCUUCUGGAGUGUCUGCAGAAAACCCCUCCACCAGUGUUGAUAUUUGCUGAGAAAAAGGCUGAUGUGGAUGCCAUUCAUGAGUAUCUUCUUCUAAAGGGCGUGGAAGCUGUUGCAAUCCAUGGAGGGAAAGAUCAAGAGGAGCGAACCAAAGCCAUUGAAGCAUUUAAGGAGGGGAAGAAGGAUGUGUUAGUGGCCACUGACGUCGCCUCCAAAGGUCUGGACUUCCCAGCCAUACAGCAUGUCGUCAACUAUGACAUGCCAGAGGAGAUUGAGAACUAUGUGCACAGAAUAGGAAGAACAGGACGUUCGGGGAAGACUGGAAUUGCAACAACAUUUAUCAACAAGGGCUGUGAUGAGUCUGUUCUCAUGGACCUAAAGGCCUUGUUAAUCGAAGCCAAGCAGAAAGUCCCACCAGUUCUUCAGAUUCUGCAGACGGGGGACGAAACCAUGCUCGACAUUGGAGGAGAAAGAGGUUGUACGUUCUGCGGUGGUCUGGGCCAUCGUAUUACAGACUGUCCCAAACUGGAGGCCGUGCAGACCAAGCAGGUCACCAACAUUGGCCGCAAAGACUACCUGGCUCACAGUUCUAUGGACUUCUGAGUCGGCUCUGUCACCAGUCGUGUCGAAUACUUCAAGGUCAAAACCAAGAAAGUAUUUUUUGUGUUGGACCAAUUGUUGUGUACAGUGCAGGAUCAUGGUCACACGGGCUAUAUACUUCAGUGACGUCUUUUAGGGCAAACUGUGGUUUUGUAAUUUUGGGUGGCUUGUUUCAGGUCAUGUGGUGUGGUGUAUAUGCAACGCCAAGCUAUUGACCUCCGUGCAAGUUAUCGCAGGCUGUGAAACAUUGUGAAAAAAUACAUCUCUUUAAUCUUCAUAUUGUGUUCUUGUCCUUUCCUAUGGCUUCAUGAAAAGCUGUCUUAAUAAAAUGUAAAUAAAGUUUUUAAGUACA